AUGGUUGGAAGGAGAGGAAAAGAAUGGAGUCUUAAUAGAAUAUUGGGAAAUGAAGGAAUUAUAAAGGAGAUUUACAGAUUAAGGAAAACAUUAUGCCGCAAGGGGGGCAUUAAGAAGGAGGUGGUCAAUGACAAGCUGUUCUGUAAUGGGGAGAGGAACUUAAGUUUGGACCAAGAAGAACCAGAUCCGCAGCAGAGAGAGAAGGAAAAAGGCCAGGACCCGAAAGAAAUAGAACUUGUGCAGAUUAAAGAGUGCAUGGAUGAAAUAGAAAUUCAGGAGAUGAACAACAAUAAAGAAGGACCAGAAUCUUUCCAUGUUAAUGAGGAACAUGAGGAAUCAGAGCCUAGGCAGAUAACAGAUGAAAAGAAGGAUUUUGAACCUUGUCAUAUGGCAGAUGAACACCAGGUCCCAGAAACUAUUCAAACUAAAGAGGAAGAGAUCGAUGUCAGUCUGGAGAAAGACCAACUUGGGCUGGACCAGCAAAGUGAUACAUUUACAGUCAAUCCUCCUUAUGAAGAAAGAGACCACAGUGAACCAAAUCCAAAUGGAAAUGUUGUCAUCCAGAUUGCCUCUGAACUCGAGAACCAAAAGCUGCAAAGUAGAUACAAUUGUGACUAUGAAGAAAGUAAAGAGGAAGAGUUGAAGGAAAUUGAGAGGUGCCCUGAAACCACAAGUCAAGGUGACAAUGUACGCAGUUCAAAAGCAGUUGGUCACAUGCGAAUUCACACAGGUGAGAAGCCGUACUCUUGUUUGACUUGUGAAAAAAGGUUUUCCCAUAAAGGCAGUUUACCCAGGCACAUGAGAACUCACUCUCGUAAAAAGCCUAUAUCGUGUAAGAUCUGUGGAAAAAGUUUCAAAUGUGAAAGAGGUGUAUCUUAUCAUAUGACGGUUCACACAGGUGAAAGGCCUUUCUCAUGUGGCACCUGUGGAAAACUGUUUAGCCACCGUAGUAAUUUGACUAAUCACUCAAUAACUCACACAGGAGAGAAGCCUUUCCACUGUAUGUUCUGUGAAAAGCCUUUUGCUAUGAAAUCUCACUUGACUGCCCAUAUGUACAAAGACAAGGGUAGGAAGCGUCACUCAUGUGUUGCUUGUGGAGAAGAAUUCUUAUGUCGAGGAAUUUUAUCCAAGCAUAUGAAGACUCAUGGACAAGAAAAGCUUUUCUUAUGUUUGACCUGUGGGAAACGUUUCACCAGCAGAUCAAAUUUAGUUCAGCAUAAGAAAAUUCACACAGGUGAGAGGCGUUUCUAAUGUAUGAUCUGUGGAUUGACUUUCCGUCAAUCACACGCUGGUGAGAUGUAAUCAAGUGAAUGUUAUUGAUUCUUUUUCUCAGAUUGAAGAGUGCAAGAUAACUUUUAAGAAAUGUAUUUAAAAAAUGUUGUUACUGAGAUUACCUAGAAUAAUUGAGGGAUGAAGAAGGAAAUGAAGGAAUAACCAACGGAGUCAAGUAAGAGAGGAAGGAAGGUGACAGGGAAGGACUGAGUUGCAUGAAGGAAAGAAAAAAAAAGACAUCAGGUAGGAAGGGAAAGUAACGAUGGUAUGACAUAAGGAAAUAAGGACUCAAAGAAAAGUGGGAUGCUGAAUGGAAUGUUGAAAUUAACUAUAUUAAAGCCUAUUGCUCAUUGAGCCCUUGAAUUGGUUUUCAAUACAUUUUGAAUUCUAAGAAAGAGAAAAAAAAAAUCUUUGUUCUGUUGACAAAUGUGGUAAAGAUGGCUCUGUAAACAAGUUUGUACCUCAGAUAUGUUUUCAUUUGAGUAGUUGUGUUAGAACUCUAAAUAAACGACAUUAAAAUGACCAUCGGUUGUGUAUGAGGAAUUUUCUUUUUUUUCAGUGAUUAAUUGAUAAAGUUUGUU